AUGGACAAGAGCAAACAACAGGCGGAGGAAAACUGGCUACAAAGAGAAUCCGGAUGGAUCAAUGACUCCUGCAAAAGGAGAAACAACACCAUCGCCAAUCACCGAUGCCGGCCGAAGGUCCAGCACCCAACGGACGCCAUCCCUCUACUCUCAGCGUCUCCUCCUCCGACGAGACACUUCCCUCGGGCACCCAUCCGAAUCAAACGAGUCCAGAAACCGAAACUCUGCCUCGUCAUCCCGGAAGACCAGCUCGCCACCAGGACCCCUCCUAGCGCCAUCUUCAUCCCACUCUUCGUCUUCGUCCUCCUCAUCCGCCUCAUUAUCCUCCUCACCCUCGUCCACCUCUCCCCACAACACCCCCACCACCUCGCCCAACACCUCAGAAACAUAACUCGCAUUCGCCAACCCCCUCAACUCCUCCACCUUCUCCAAAAACACGCCCCCCUCCCAUCAUCCCAUUCCGCCAUCUCCCGCCUCUCCCCCUCACUCGUCCCCUCCAAAAUCUCCAUCAUCCCCUCCCCAAUGUCGCACUCAGCCCGUCCCAUCAGCUCCCUCACCUCAUACCCCAAAGUGCCCGAACUGAGACACACCGUCUUCGCAAUCUUCCUCAACGUCUCCAGCCCGGAUCUUUUAGUGGCGAAACUCGCCGUCUCCGCCGCAGCCGUUUCUACCAUCUCGUCCAAGGCGUCGGAGAUCUCGUCAAAGACGUGGGAGGACAUUUCGUAG